AUGUUUUGUGCCAUUAGCGGGAAAGUGCCUAGAAAGCCAGUGCUGUCACCUAGAUCCAGAUGCAUUUUUGAAAAGUCGCUUCUUGAGCAGUAUGUUAAGGAUACGGGGAAUGAUCCGAUAACGAAUCAGCCCUUGAGCAUCGAAGAAAUAGUGGAAAUCGUACCUAGUGCGCAACAAGCAUCGUUAACAGAGUCUACAAACUCUGCUACAUUAAAAGCCAAUUACUCGAUUCCGAAUCUCUUAACGAGUUUGCAGAACGAAUGGGACGCCAUAAUGCUGGAAAAUUUCAAAUUACGAUCAACUUUAGAUAGUUUAACGAAAAAACUAUCGACUGUAAUGUACGAAAGAGAUGCUGCAAAGUUGGUGGCUGCGCAACUAUUGAUGGAAAAGAAUGAAAAUUCGAGAAACUUACCAAAAUCUCCACAGCAAACGGUAGUUAUUACAAUAGAUGAUUUUUUACAAGGGCUGCUACAAUCUUCUAGAGACUUCGUAGCGAGAGGCAAGCCCAAACCAUUCAAAUGGCCGAUUCUAAAAAAUUUAGAGCUGUCACCGGCACAAAAUUACUCCUGUACCGUUAAAACAUUCCCAUACAAAGAGCUUAACAAUUCCAUGUACUAUGAUAAAUGGCUUUCCACAUGUCUCUGCGACGGUGAUACUUUACAUUUCACCCAAUUAAAGGAUUCGAGGUCAAUUACCACCGUAACUACACCAAACCCUCAUACCGGAGGAGAGCAUCCUGUUAUUGUUUCUAGAGGGCCUUGUAAUCGGUUGCUAUUGUUAUACCCAGGUAAUCAGAUAAUCAUACUCGACUCAAAAACAAAUACAGUUUUGAGAGAAGUAGAGGUAAAUUCCGCCAACAAGAUUGUAUAUAUGUAUGGUCACAACGAGGUCAAUACGGAAUACUUCAUCUGGGCGGAUAAUAAAGGAACGAUAGGAUUUCAGUCCUACACGGAUGACUCCCAGUAUAUUGUUCAUUCCGCCAAGUUGAAUGUUGAGUACAGCAGUGGUGCCCUACAUAAGGAUUCAUUAUUAUUAGCUCUCUACUCUUCGGACGGUAUAUUAGACGUUUACAAUUUAUCGUCACCUGACCAAGCAGGCUCAAGAUUUCCCGUGGAGAAAAAUGCAAAGAUAAAAAAGGUGGAAUUUGCAGAUAAUGGGUACUGGAUGGUGGUAAAGUGUGACCAAGCUGUGGCUUGCUUCGAUCUAAGAAAGGAUGUCGGGACUCUAGCGUACCCAACUUACACUAUCCCAGAUUUCGAGACGAGCACCGUUGCCUAUGACAUCGACGACUCUGGUAAGUAUAUGCUUGCGUACUCAAGCAAGAGCCAUUCGUUGACCGUAUACAAAUUUGACAAGAAAACAAAAAGUUGGAUUAGAGACGAGGCGGACAGCCUUGAUUUGCCAAGUGAAACUGCCAAUUUCACCGAUAUAGAGGUCACAUGCGGAGAUGGCGGCGUUGCUGCUAUUUUGAAGACAAAUGAUGGCUUCAAUAUUGUUGCAUUGACGCCUUGA